CCUUAAUUAUGAUUAUAUUUUCCAAGAUAGAAUUUUCCGGCCUAUAUAUAAAGCCAGUAACCACUUAGCUAUGUACUCCAUUCCGGAAAAUUCACAUACAUCGAUCUUUGAAAGCAAGAUAUAUAUACUCGCUCAAAUAUUCUCUCGUUCUUAAAUAGUUGCAACAUUGUGAUUUGUGCAAGAUGGGAAUCAUCAGACUAGUGGGGAUGGCCGAAGCAAAGAAGAAGCUCGGAAGAACGUUGUCUCCGAGGGGGAGGAAGAACAAUGAGAGUAGCGACGAAGCGGUUGUUCCGAAGGGGCACUUCGCCGUGUACGUCGGAGAAGCACGGCGGCGGUUCGUCGUCCCGAUCGAAUAUUUGGCGCACGCGCUGUUCCAGGAUCUGUUGAGUUGGGCGGAACAAGAGUUUGGGUAUGAGCAUCCCACCGGCGGGCUGACAAUCCCAUGUAGUGAGGAUUACUUCUUAAGCCUCACUUCUCUUCUUAGCUCCCAGCAAUCGUAGUGGAAUUUAUGGGAUACUCACUCACUAGGUAUAGUAGUUUAGACCGACACGUUUAUAGUAGGAAUUCGUAUUUAAGUCUUGACCACAUUUGUUUACCGCAAUGGUAAAAUAUACGGAGUAGUAUAUCAGUUGGAUAUUGUAAACGUGUUAUGUACGAUUAUACGUACGUAUGCCAUUUAUCAAGCUUGAUGAAUUAAACAGUACGUACGGGUUCCUCAUUC